AUGGGUGGCAAGGCCGCUCUGCUGCUGGCCCUGGUGGCCGUGAGCCUGGCCGUGGAGAUCCAGGCCGACGCCGGCUACGGCUACGGCGGCGGCUACCCGACGCCGACGCCGCCGGCCACCCCCACCCCGAAGCCGGAGAAGCCGCCCAAGGAGCACAAGCCGACUCCGCCCACCUACACCCCGAGCCCCAAGCCCACGCCGCCGGCAACCCCCAAGCCGACGCCACCGACGUACACUCCCACUCCGACGCCCCCCAAGCCGUCUCCGCCCAAGCGCACGCCGCCGACCUACACCCCGACCCCGACGAAGCCCACACCAAAGCCCACUCCUCCGACGUACACCCCCAGCCCCAAGCCACCAACCUACCCGACACCGAAGCCAACUCCACCGACGUACACCCCUACCCCCAAGCCACCGGCUACCAAGCCUCCGACACCCAAGCCGACACCGCCGACGUACACCCCGACGCCGAAGCCACCGGCUACCAAGCCGCCAACCCACCCGACACCCAAGCCUACCCCACCGACUUACACACCGAGCCCCAAGCCACCGGCUACCAAGCCUCCGACGCCCAAGCCGACCCCGCCGGUGUACACUCCGAGCCCCAAGCCACCGGUCACCAAGCCGCCAACGUACCCGACGCCCAAGCCGGCCCCGCCGACGUACACUCCCACACCCAAGCCACCGGCUACCAAGCCGCCCACAUACACUCCCACGCCGCCGGCGUACAAGCCCCCGACCACCACUCCACCGGCUACCAAGCCGCCGACCUACACGCCGAUCCCCAAGCCGACGCCGCCAACCUACAAGCCGGCGCCGCCAGCGUACAAGCCCCCGACCCCUACUCCACCGGGGUACAAGCCGCCGACCCCUACCCCGCCGGCGUACAAGCAGCCGCCGGGGUCUCACACCCCCAGCCCGCCGCCGCCUUACUACUAG